AUGGCUGGUGUACCACCACCAAUGGCUAGAAUGCCAGUGACGAUGCCGACAUUCAAUCCGUUUGCUAGGCCUCCAAUGCCGCCCAAUGCAGCUGCAUUGCGAGGUGCUCCUGCGGUUAUGCCACCGGUUCCUCCUGGGGUCGGAGUACCACCUCAUAUGAUGCAAAGUAUACCACCGAUUGCUAAUUCCACUAUGCCACCAGCCCCGCUACCUACGACUACAACUAUUGCACAACCGGCUACUAAACCUGCUACACAACGUCAACAGAUGUCAACGCAUGAAACUACGGAGAAGCCUAAAACUACAACUGUCUUUGUUGGAAACAUCACUGAAGUAGCGACUGAUACAUUUAUUAGGCAGUUACUAAUGAAAUGUGGUACCGUAGUUAGCUGGAAAAGAAUUCAAGGAGCAACUGGAAAAUUACAACCUUUCGGAUUUUGUGAAUACGCUGAUCCUGAGGCCACAUUAAGAGCAUUACGUUUAUUGCAUGGUUUGCAAGUUGGCGAGAAAGAAUUACUGAUUAAGGUAGACGAAAAAAAUAGAAAACGACUAGAUGAAUAUCUCGCUAGAAGGAGAGCGGAAAAUAAUUCUGAUACUGUUAUGGAUAUUGAGUCAGCUGAUCUAUCGCCCGAUCAGGAGGAGGAAGACAUCUCUGUCAAAGCGGAGAUUGACAUGUUUUUGAAAGCUAACUGGAAUGUUUUAGCUGGUAAAUUACAAAACGAAUUCAUAAAAGAGUCUCCUAAACCCUCAUCCAUGAUGAAUAUUAAGUUAGCACGCUCUGAAGAAAAUUUAGAGGACUUAGAAAUGGAUGCGGAUCAAAAGAACUUAAUUAGCCGUGAAAUACGAAUUUUUAGAGAAACAUAUAAGGAUAAGAAAAGUGACAAAGAAAAGGAAAAAGAAAGUGAUCGGAAAGAAAAGGAAGUAUCACAAGAAACCGAUAGAAGGAUAGAACGUGAUAUUAGAAGCCGAGAACCGUCCGCUGAUCAAGAAAUGGAUGAAAAUAAAAUCAUAGAAAAGCGACGAUUAGAUAGGAAACUUCGAGAACGAGAGUCAAUGUACAAAAGCGAACUCAGAUCGUGGGAAUCCAGAGAAAGAAAAAAAUUACGCGAAUACGAAAAAAGUGCUGAACGCGAUUCAAAAUUAAAGAAAGAGACGGAGAGAGAGAUUCGGCAUUUACUCGAUUUUUUAGCUAAAUACGAUGACGACGAAGAUGAUCACCGUUAUUAUAAGGGAUCGGCAUUUACUCGUCGCUUACGCGACAGAGAAGCGGAAAUAGCUUCUGAUGAACGCGAUAGACAACGUGAAUUAGAGGAAUUAGAAAGAAAAUCCGAACGAAAACGAGCAAACUGUUCACCACCUGCUGAACCUGAUGAAAAGCCGGUCACAAAUGAAACUAUCACUUCAAAAGAGCCUCCCGUAGAUACGACCAGUUCAUCUCAACCGAUUAUUAAGGAAAUUCAAGAUGCACCGGUUGAUAAUACUAAAAAGAGACCUCGUGACGAAGAUGAGAAUGCUCAGCUAUCAGCAUCUGAAGAAAAUAAAAAAAGUGGCUUCGGACUUAACAUGAAAAUAGGAUUAUCAACUGCGAAACAACAAAAUCCUGCACCAAAUACUAAAAAGUCGAAGUUCGAAUCUGUAUUUAAUAACGAAGACGACGAAAGCGUUGCAAACGAGAAAUCUCGGAAACGAAAGUUAGUACCUCUCGAGUACACCGAAGAAGAAAUGAAGGCUAUUACACCAGUUGUUAUGACUCCUGAUGAAAAGAAGAGAAGAAUUAAAGCAAUUAUGGAAAGUAUUCCGUCCGAUAAAGAAAAACUUUUCGACUACCCAUUAAACUGGUCUUUAGUAGAUGAGUCGCUAAUAGAGAAGCGAAUGAGAACAUGGGUAAUUAAAAAGAUAACCGAAUACAUCGGUGAAGAAGAGCCAACCCUAGUUGAUUUCAUUUGCGAGAAGGUUAAAGAGCACAACUCUCCGGUUUCCAUUGUUAAAGAUCUAGAAAUGGUUCUCGACGAUGAAGCUGAAGUUUUUGUUAUGAAAUUAUGGAGAUUACUGAUUUAUGAAACAGAAGCAAAGAAAAUGGGAAUAGUUAAUGUCAAAUAG